AUGGACGCCCUACCAAACGAGCUACUGGCUUACAUUCUGGCGUUCCUUCAUCCUGUUUACGGUGAACUGUCUCGCCUCUCCAUUGUGUGUAAGCGCUGGAGGGAAGUAAUAGAGAAUACAGCGUCUCUUUGGAAGUGCAUUCAUUUCACACCCUCCUAUCCGGAGUAUUUGUCGUCCACCACAAGGGAUAGAAGCAAACUGCGGCACUGCCUCUUUAAGUUCGGACAUUUUGUCACAUGUUUAAGGGAUGACGCAAAAACUUUCACUGACCCAGCUCUCCAAGGACUUCUUUGUCGUUUGAAAAACUUAACACGCUUAGAUGUACCCUUGUUGGAAUGUGACCUACAAUUGUUACAGACAUUGCAGUGCGCAAACGUAUUGGAGGAGUUGAAUCUUACGAAAGCUACGCGUGAUGAUCUGAACUGGCUGUUCCAACCGACAUAUUCCUUGGAAAAAGGUUUCGUCACGCCGCAACAUCUACAGAUGCUUCUUUUAAGAUUUCCCCAUCUAAAAGUUUUAAAGCUUGCACUUGAUUCUAUCGCGUCCCCACCACCUACUUUCAUCGCGUUUCUCCAAAAAGCAAACUUAAGGGAACUAGAACUCACUGGGUUUAGUCUCCGCCCAGCGUUGCCGCCGCAUAUCAUCCAUAACAGAGACAUGUGUUUGAAGACCAUUGCUUCUUCUCAGCGACUCGCUGCUAUAGUCACUCGCUUGGAGCUAGAAACAUGCCCACUCUUUUUUACAAGCGAUCACUUGCGAAUAAUGCUAAAGCUCAUGGUUUCACUUCGGCAUCUGAUUAUUGGUGCUGGUAUGGUUCAUCGCGAUCGGAAAAGUCUGUUAUCCAUUGAAUCUCCUUCGCUUUGUACCCUGAUGUUAGAUGGGUUAUCGACCUUACGAAUGCAGUGUUUGCGUUGUAAUACACCGCUUUUGAAGGAAUUCCAGUUGGCAAACUGUCUCGAUCUGACUGCUGCUUUUGUCUUUUCCGAAUCCUUGGAAUCGAUGUGUUUGCGUAAUCUCGCAAACAUUCACAACCUUAAAUCCACUUCGACACGUUUGAAUCAUUUGGAGUUUGUGGGGUGCCACUCUAUGCCCAUUACAACCUUGCGCAAUUUCCUAAAAGGACACAAAACAAUCAGUAAGCUCUCUAUCGUCGGAGAGCUCACUGGUCUGACGCUGUUUGGCACUAUGUGCCCAAAUCUUAAAGUGUUGAACAUUUUACUCUAUCAAGUACCUAAACUCAGGAGUAUAAAGAUCGACUGUCCUACACUGGAACAUUUUCACUGUGAUGUGUAUAAUCGAGGACUAUCUACGCCAGACGAACCCGAGGCAUUUCCGAACGAGCGAUCCACAUGUUCGGUUUUCAUCCGAGGCCAAAAACUCGAUCACGUGUCAAUAAAUUUGCCUAAUGCAACUGCCAUUGCCGUGAAAUGCGAGGAGCUUGGUUAUUUAAGUGUAAAGAUGAGCGAGACAGAAAGCGAUAAUAAAGCCGCACUUGACUUUGAAGUUAUCUCUGGCACAAUUGCGUUGGUAACAACCACUAACUGUAAGUUUUCGCGUUAUUACCUCCAAUCUAGAUUCAUUGAUCAGUUAACUCUGGAACUGUGUGAAAUAGAGAGUGGUGGGGAAACCAUACCACGCCUAGAGGUCCACACAAAGGCCAUCGACAGGUUACGACUGGUCAGCUGUCUCCAUUUACAAUGCGCUGAGCUUCGCAUUAGACAAGAGAGAAUUGAACACGUGUCGUUUACAGAAUGCAACAAUUUGCGCAAUAUAGUGAUGUCGCGCGCAGUGAAACAUACUCCUGAGAUGACCGUGGUAAAAUGUAGGAGCCUGGAAAGUAUUUUCCUUUCGUCUGGUAGGUGUAUUGACGUGUCGGCUCUAAACGUAGCCUGCUAUAACACCUGUCUUAACGUCCCCAGACUACCACAAAGGUGUGACGAUAAAACCUGUCUCAUCUGUCCAGAAAAAGCUGAAGAGGAUGACUAUAUUAAUUAA